AUGUGUCAAUUUAGGUCAAAUUUAUUUGAACUUCCACUUGAUUCAAUCUUAGGUUAUUAUAUUCAACAAUAUAGAAACAUUAGUUAUCAAGCGUCUAUUGUACAAGUCAGUGUAGUUUUAACGAUGAUCAUAAUUAUAUCUGGAAUAAUCGAUAGUAUUCUAUCAAUAAUCACAUUUAGAAAUAAAGAACUUCGAAAAACUAGUUAUGGUCUUUAUUUAUUAAGUUCAUCAAUAGUUACGUUACUUGUUAUGAUUAUUUCUGCAUUGAAAUUUUGGAUACUUAUCAUUGCACAAAUAACAAAUAUAACAAAUGAAUUAUUCUUAUAUAUUCAAUGUAUAUCAAUAGAUUUUCUUCUACGAAUUUGUCUUAGUAUGAAUCAAUGUUUAAAUGCAUGUAUUGCUAUUGAAAGAACAAUAAAGACAAUCAAACGAGCGAGUUUUAAUCCAGAAAAUAGUGCACAAAAUACCUAA